AUGGUUGCUGUGAUCUCGCUUUGCGCUGUGACGGUGCAGGUCAUCGCCGUUGCCGCUUCCGGUGAUGUUAUCACCAACGACACGUAUUUUUACGGCCAAUCGCCGCCGGUGUAUCCUUCCCCGGAAAUGUCUGCCACGGGCCCCUGGGCAGACGCUUACGCCAAAGCCAAGGACCUCGUGUCCCAGAUGACGCUGGCAGAAAAGGUCAGCCUCACCGGCGCCUCCAAGGAUAUUCACAAUGGCUGCACGGACAACAUUGCCAACAUUUCCCGGCUCGGCUUCCCAGGCAUGUGCCUGGGCGAUGCUGGCCAAGGGCUGCGCGCGACCGACUUUGUGAGCUCGUUUCCUAGUGGCAUACACGUCGGAGCAAGCUGGAACAAGGAAUUGGCGGCCCGCAGAGGCGCCGCCAUGGCCGACGAGUUCAGGAAAAAGGGCGUCAACGUCUUGCUGGGCCCCGUCGUCGGGCCGGCCUGGCGCGUAACGCUGAGUGGCCGCAAUUGGGAGGGCUUCGCGGCGGAUCCGUACUUGUCGGGUUCGUUGGCGGCGGAAAGCAUCGUCGGCAUCCAGGGCCAAGGUGUCAUUGCCAGCACAAAGCAUUUUAUUGGGAAUGAGCAAGAGACGAACAGAAAUCCCCGUCCAGACACUGAGUCUCUAUCGUCCAACAUUGACGACAAGACAAUGCACGAGCUAUAUCUGUGGCCCUUUCAAGAUGCCGUACACGCCGGGUCCGGCAACAUCAUGUGCUCGUACCAGCGCAUCAACAAUUCGCACAGCUGCGCCAACAGCAAGACUUUGAACGGCCUGCUGAAGACGGAGCUGGGCUUCCAGGGCUUUGUCGUGUCUGACUGGGCCGCCCAGCACACUGGUUACGCCGGUGCUCUGGCGGGCAUGGACAUGGCCAUGCCCGACCCUGAGGCCUAUUGGGGCGGUAAGCUCGUUGAGUCUGUCAAGAAUGGCUCGGUACCCGAGUCGAGAGUCAACGACAUGGCCACCAGAAUUCUCACCGCUUGGUACCAGUUCAAGCAGGACAAGGAAAUCCGGAAUCCAGGGGUUGGUAUGCCAAAAGAUGUCACGAAACCGCACGAGAUUGUCGACGCUCGCGAUCCAGCAGCGAAGCCUGUGCUUCUCGACGGUGCCGUCCAAGGACACGUUUUGGUGAAAAAUACAAAGAACACGCUUCCACUCGCGAAGCCACGACUCAUUUCCAUCUUUGGCUACUCGGCCAAGACGCCCGACUUCUUCGCCCCGGGCAGCGCCAUUGGCGGCGAUCUGGGCGACCCCAAGGACGCAUCGACCAUUGGCAUCAACGGCACGCUAUUUUGCGGCUGCGGCUCCGGCGCCACCACCCCGGCCAACCCCAUCUCGCCCUUUGAGGCGCUCAAGAUGCGCUCGCACGCCGACGGCACGGCGCUGUUCAACGACUUUGUCUCGCCGCUGCCAGUCGUGGACCCGGCCUCGGACGUGUGCAUUGUCUUUGGCAACGCCUUUUCCUGCGAGACCUAUGACCGCCUCGCGCUGCAGGACAAGUACACCGACGACCUGAUCAAGAGCGUCGCGGACAGCUGCAACAAAACCAUUGUCGUCCUGCACAACGCGGGCCCGCGCGUCGUCGACGCCUUUAUCGAGCACGACAACGUGACCGCCGUGCUCUUUGCGCACCUCCCCGGGCAGGAGUCGGGCCCCGCGCUCGUCUCUCUGCUCUACGGCGAGUCCAACCCCUCGGGCAAGCUCCCCUACACGCUCGCCCGCAACGAGACCGACUAUCCCGUGCUCAGGCCCAGCGCGCCCGAGGGGCGUUUUGUCCACUUUCCGCAGUCUGACUUUGCCGAGGGCGUGUACAUUGACUAUCGCCACUUUGACAAGGCCAACACGACGACGACGACACCGCGCUUCGAGUUUGGCUUUGGCCUAAGCUACACGACGUUUGCCCUGUCCAACGCCACGGUCCGGCGCGUCGACGGCGCGAACCUCGACGACGCGUAUCCCACGCGCGCCGUCAUCCCCGGCGGCCCCGCGGACCUCUGGGACAAUGUUGUGUCCGUGACGGCGGACGUGCGCAACACGGGCGCCGAGCGGGCCGGCGCCGAGGUGGUGCAGCUGUACGUGGGCAUCCCGGGCGCGCCGCGACGGCAGCUGCGCGGCUACGACAGGGUGAGUCUGCGGCCGGGCGAGACGCGGACGGCGACGUUUGCCCUGACCCGGAGGGACCUGAGCGUGUGGAACGUCGAGGCGCAGCAGUGGCAGCUCCAGCGGGGCACGUAUACUAUCGAGGUCGGCACGAGCAGCAGGGACUUGCCGCUGAAGCUGUCUCUGGAGAUUUAG